AUGCUAAAGACAUUCUUCCAGGAAAUGAAUCAGCCUGUUCCAUUUAACUUUGAAGCUAAAAGGCACUACAGAAAUUCUACAAAAUUUCAGUUGGAUGUCACAUCAGUAAUGCCAUUUGAUGUUUUCUACCUCUUCUUUGAGUUUAAUCCAAUAUUUAGGACAAACAAGAUAUUAAAAUACACAUCAUUCUUUGAGUUUAAUCAUUGCCUGGAAUCAAUAAUGAACAAGGCAUAUAUCUACAGAAUCAUUUGAGCAACAGGAUGCUUGCUGUUUGCUCUGCAUGUGAAUGCCUGCAUUUAUUACUGGGCAUCAGACUAUGAAGGAAUUGAAACUACAAAAUGGGUGUAUAAUGGUUAAGGAAACAAGUAUCUGAGAUGUUAUUACUGGGCACUUCAAAGUUUGGUUUCAUUGGGGGGGGUUCUAGAACCACAAACUUUAUUGAAAAUUGUUUUUCAAGCUGCGGAAAUUUUGGGGGGGGUAGUUUUUGUGUUCUCCAGUUUAAUUGGUCAGAUGUGAGAUGUCAUUGGGAAAGCAACAGCCACUCAGAAGAGCUGCUGGGUAUACAUGAAUCAUACCAUCAUACAUGAACACUUAUUUCAUUUUUUUCUUCAAUCAGGCCUGAUUGCGGCCCUGCCCACCACAAUGCAGUUAGCCCUCACCGUGGAUGUGAACUUCAAUAUUCUCAGCAAAGUUGACUUGUUCAAGGGUUGGGAUAGACAGAUGCUUUAUGACAUGUCACUAAGAUUGAAAUCCACUCUCUAUUUACCUGGUGAUUUUGUCUGCAGAAUAGGUGAGGGUGGUGCUGAACUAUAUUUAAGAAAGCAAGGAGAAGUCCAAGUUCGGGGCUCUGAUGAUGCUCAAAUUCUGGUCAUUCUGAAAGCUGGGACAGUGUUUGGAGAAGUCAUCCUUCUGACAGCAGCAGGAGGAAACCACUGAACAGUCAACGUGGUAGCUCAUGGCUUCAUUCACCCUUUGACUCUGGACAAGAAGACCUUCCAAGAAAUUCUGGUGCAUUAUCCAGAUUCUGAAAAGCUCCUCAUGAAGAAAGCCAGAAGCCUGUGGCUGGAGCUUCUCAAGAAGAAGGCUCCAGCCACAGGGGCAACCUCAUCAACAAAAGGACUUGCCUUCCUCUUUCCACCAAAACCAGAGACACCCAAAGUGUUCAAAGCUCUCGUGGGAAGCACAAGCAGAACCAGCCUUGCACAACUGCUCAGACUGAAGAGAGAGCCAACCACUCAAGUGAGUAGGGAGAAUGGAGGCUGUAAUCCGGCAGUCCUCAACCUCCAGGCCAUGGACUUGUACCCAUCGGGGGCUGUUAGGAACCAUAUUGCACAGCAGGAGAUGACUGGAGGUGGAGGCUGGGGCCGAAAAAGCAGAAUUCAGAACCUGACCUACAAUCAGACACUUAGCAAGUGUGUGACCAAACAGUGGAGUCUUCGUCAUGAACUGACAGCCAAGGCAAAGCCAGACCCUUUACCCCUUUGCUGA